GGCGCUCCCCCACUGGGAGGGCCACGGAGGCUGCCCGCUGGGUCCAAUCAGGGUGGGAUCCAGGCCCGGCCGCUUUGGGCGUCGGGGGAGACCCUCGAGCAGAGCCCUCCGGCCGAGAGAUGCCCUGCCCGCCCAGGGCCUGCGCUGGUUCCGAGCAGAGGGAGCAGAGGAGCCCUUUCCCCAGCCUCCCUUUUGUGCACCCGCAGAGGUCUCUGCAUCCGCCCUUCUCCCUGGCCGGAGGGCGAGGCGGUGCUGCUCCCUCCCAGGGAUCCCUGGCCGCCUAAGUGUCAACCGGAGGGCCAGACGGCAGCCGCCCCGCCCUGCGCUCCCCGCGCUCAGCCUCUCUGAUGAUCUCCUGCUGGGAGAGGGGGGGGCGCUUCCAGGAGAGCCCCCCCCCGGUGCAAGACUGCUGCGUUGACUCCAAGCCCUUCCGUCUGUGGGCAGCAGAAGGUGGCCUUGGAGCGGGGAUGUUUAAGGUGCUGCCCUGGCUGCCUUUGGGGCCACGGCCACUUCCAAGGCGUCUGGGCUUCUUGGGGCCCUGAGUUACACUCAGGAGGGUGCAUUUCAUUCCCUAGCAGUUCCUUCCUAGGGAGGGGGAAGGCUCCCCCCCCCCCAUGUCCUGUAUCCCUCCUGCCCUCCGCGGUCAGAGUCCUUUCAGCUUCCCCAGGUCACUUGCAACUAGAGGUGCCGCCUGAAAGCCUAGCGCUUGUUGUAAUGCUGAGCCGCCAUGCCGGUCCGGUCCCUGCCCUCUGCCCUUUGAAAGGCCCUUUGCUUCCUGGGCAGAUUCCAGCCAACGGCUCCACCUUCCCUGCGUGCUUUGAGGGGAAAGGGAAACGCGGCGGCGGCUUCUUCUUCUUCGGCCAGGGAGGCCAGCUUUGCUCUCUGCUCUUUUUCUGGCUGCCAGCAGAAGCAGAGCCAGUGGGAGGGGAGGCUGGGGCCAAAGGACCAGGGCUGCUCCAUUCCUUUCCAGUCUUCCAUAAUGGACUCCAAAGCCGUGUUGCAACGCACACACACACACACACACACACACACCCCAUAGGUCCCUGCUCCUCUUGGCCUCUAUAGCGACAACAGUCCUUCUGGAGAGUCUUCCAGCUGGGCCAAGGAGGAGAUAAGCUUUCCCUUCCCACCCCCAGUAGCCAUCAGGGAAGGGCAGAGGAGGCAGAGGGCAGAAAGUGGCUGCUCAGAGGAUAAGCGCAGGAGCACGUAGACGUCCACGCAGCACUCCAGAGAUGCUUUACAGCACCUCUCCCCCAGCACCUCCCCCAGGGUGCUCCUCAUGCACAGUCUCUCGUGUGGGGCAUCCCCUGUGGCCUUCUGUCGGUCGUGGGUCUUCUUAGCCACCGGCCAGUGCAGGCGAAGGAUUGGGGGGAGCCAGGCUGGUGUCGAUGGUGGCUCCGUAGAGAAUUUCACAGGGUUCGGAAGUCGAGUUUGCGGUGCUGAGUGGGCGGCAGCGGGGCUUCAGGGUGCCCACCCAAGAUCUAAGAGUGGCAGCUGUUCCCUUCUCCCCUGCAGGUCGCCAGGUCGCCUGUGGGCCCCCCUGGCAGGCAGCAGCCCCUCUCCGUGCCCUGAGGCGGCAGCAACAUGAGCGAGGUGUCAGUGAUCAAGGAGGGAUGGCUGCACAAGCGAGGGGAAUACAUCAAAACCUGGAGGCCCCGGUACUUCCUCCUCAAGAGCGACGGCUCCUUCAUCGGCUACAAGGAGAAGCCCGAAGCGGCGGACCACAGCGCCCCCCCUUUGAACAACUUCUCCGUGGCAGAAUGCCAGCUGAUGAAAGCCGAGCGACCCCGCCCCAACACCUUCGUCAUCCGCUGCCUGCAGUGGACGACGGUGAUCGAGCGGACGUUCCACGUGGACUCCCCAGAGGAAAGCGGAGCCUCCUGCCUGCCUUGGCAGCUUCUGAAGGCCCCCUGAGCACUGCUUUGCGUCUUCCCAGGGAAGAGUGGAUCGAGGCCAUCCAGACGGUGGCCAACAGCUUAAAGAACCAGGAGGCGGAAGAGGAGGACAGGAUGGAGUACAAGUGUGGCUCCCCCAGCGACAGUCCGGGGGCCGAGGAAAUGGAGGUGGCAGUGACCAAGGCCAGAGCUAAGGCGACCAUGAGUGACUUCGACUACCUGAAACUCCUGGGCAAGGGCACUUUUGGGAAGGUCAUCCUCGUACGCGAAAAGGCCACGGGGCGCUACUACGCCAUGAAGAUUCUGCGCAAAAAGGUCAUCAUUGCCAAGGAUGAAGUGGCCCACACCGUCACAGAGAGCCGAGUGCUGCAGAACACCAGGCACCCCUUUCUCACGGCCCUGAAAUACGCGUUCCAGACCAACGACCGCCUCUGCUUCGUCAUGGAGUACGCCAACGGGGGAGAGCUCUUCUUCCACCUCUCCCGAGAACGCGUCUUCACGGAAGAGCGCGCCCGCUUCUACGGGGCUGAGAUUGUUUCUGCCCUGGAGUAUCUCCACUCGCGGGACGUUGUCUACCGGGACAUCAAGCUGGAGAACCUCAUGUUGGAUAAAGACGGACACAUCAAGAUCACGGACUUUGGACUGUGCAAGGAAGGCAUCUCCGAUGGGGCCACCAUGAAGACCUUCUGUGGGACACCGGAGUACCUGGCCCCAGAGGUGCUGGAGGACAACGAUUACGGGCGGGCCGUGGACUGGUGGGGGCUGGGCGUGGUCAUGUACGAGAUGAUGUGUGGCCGGCUGCCCUUCUACAGCCAGGACCACGAGCGCCUCUUUGAGCUGAUCCUCCUGGAGGAGAUCCGCUUCCCACGCACCCUCAGCCCCGAAGCCAAGGCCCUGCUGGCCGGGCUGCUCAAGAAGGACCCCAAGCAAAGGCUGGGGGGCGGCCCCACCGACGCCAAGGAGGUCAUGGAGCAUCGGUUCUUUGCUGCCGUUAACUGGCAAGACGUGGUUCACAAGAAGCUCCUGCCCCCUUUCAAGCCCCAGGUGACGUCCGAAAUAGACACACGGUACUUCGAUGACGAGUUCACCGCCCAGUCCAUCACCAUUACGCCACCAGACCGAUAUGACUGCGUGGACCCCCUGGAUGCCGACCAGCGGACCCACUUCCCUCAGUUCUCCUACUCCGCCAGCAUUCGGGAGUAGGGCUGCAGCGCCUGCUGGAGAGAGCCAGGACCGGGGCUGAUGCCACCUGCCCACGUCUGGAGCCCGGCGGAAGAGCCGGCCCCGUCGGCCCCUGCAGCCAGGACCAGCUGGCUCACUUCAGCCCCUGUCUCCCUGCCCCCCUCCCUCCCAGUGCCGCAUCCUCCCUCCUUGCUCUGGGCCACCGCUGAGUUUCACACGGAAGGUGCUUUGGCCUGUGUGGUUGGCGGCUGAGGGCCGCUGUGCUGGCGGAAGGGCAGGGAGCACCGUUCGCUGCCUCGUGCGUGGGAUGGCAGCCUGGACCCCAGAGGGCGGAGGACCCGAGCACUGUGCCUUGCAAGGCUGUGCUAAGAGGGGCAGAGCCCCCAAAUCCCCCACCCCCCCCCCGUUUCUGUGGGAUAAUGGCCGGCUGGCCGGCCAGCGCUCAGGUGCCUCUUGGGGUCAGUGGCCUGGCAACUGUUGCCUUGCUGCCCUUUGGUGGGCUUCCCCAUCACCUCCAGGGGGGGCUGCUGCUGCUGCUGCUGCUGCUGCUAACAGGAACUUUGAGCUGCCCUUCAAAUAACGGGGACCUGGCCCCCACUUAGAACAUUGCCCCCCCCCCACCCCCACGACAGUCCCCCAGCUGCUGUUUGCAUGGCCCAGCAAUGGCCCUGGCUGGAGUGAUUGGGCCCAGCGGCCCAUUGGUUCCCAUGAAAGGGGGGGGCUCCCCUGGGGGAGGGAGGGGGCUCCCUGGCCCCAACAGCGUUUCCUUCCCUCUUUCCAGCUGUGGAAGAUGCCUGCCUGCCUCUCCCGUCUCUGGCCCUGUGGGCAGAGGACUCCUCCCCCAUGGCUGCAGGGCCCUGCCCUGGGAGGGAGGGAGGGAGGGAGGGAGGGAGGUUUGCUACCCCAGCCCUGUGUGGCCUGACUAGGGAAGGGACAGGCCAGGCUGGGCACAGAGAGCGCUCAGCUGAGUUGCUGCAGAGGGCCCAGAAGCCCCCCAAGCAGAGCCCCUCCCCCGUGUUGCUAGAGGCGGUUGUUGUCCCCUAACAGGCAUGGCCAGAAGGUGGAGUGACCUUCCUGCAGCCCCAGCCCCACCAUCUCCCCCCCCCUGCAAAGAGUGGGAGGCCUUCAGGGAAAGGGGCUGCUCCAGCUGUGUAACUGGCAGGCCAGAGGGGUCCCUCCUGCCCACCUAUGUCGCCCCUUGGGCAGGUACCCGAGGACGCCACCUGGUGGGCUGGAGGAUCGCAAGCGCCCCUGAGCUCCCCUUUGCUCUGACUCCUGUCGGCCACAGCAGAGCUUGGGUUCCCGUGCCGCCUCCUGGGUUUGGGGGAGUCGCCUGUGCCAGGGACUCCUGCCAAUUCCACCAUUGCUCUGGGCUCCACCGCGAGUCUUCUUUGUACAAAACGGGGGGGUCAGCGCUGCAUGAGCCUGGCUGCAAACAUCCAUGGCAGCCCUGCCUGGCCUCCCGUGCCUCAACUCCAGUGGCAGUGGCCCAAUUCCACUGGGCGAAGGCCCCAAGCAGCCCCCGAUGCCCUGAGGGGCCCCGUGUCACGUCGGAGGGAGGGUGCGGGGGCUCCCUCAUUGAAUGCGGCUUCCAGGACUCCUGGCCAGCUGCCCCUGGUGCCGCCUGCUUGCCUUGAGGGUGGCUCCCAUUGGGCACUCCUGAGGGGGGGGGGGGAGCCCUGGCUGCUCCAGACCCACCAAGUGGCCUUCCUUUCAGCAGACCCGAAGUGCCGGCAGCCUCCGAGCCUCCGUGAGCCUUUUGGGCCUGCCCAGAACCGAUCAACCCAGGAGGUGCCUCAAACUGGGGUUCGGCUUCCUGGGGACGACGUCUUGUGCCCUGCUGAACUUGUAGGGCUGGGGGGGGGGGAUCUCUGUGACGCUUGGGGUCUUUGGGGAAAGAAAAGUUUUUCACGUUUGCUGUAGUUCUAAUUCAGAUUUACUAAUUUAAUGUUGCCCCUGUUAGGUUAGAGUGAAGCUCCGCUCUGUUGUGGGGCGUUUUCCGCCCCACUGCUGGGAAUCAGCAGCCCCCCUGGCCCUCGGCCGACAGAGAUCCCGAGUUCCGUUUGUAAAAUAAAGUUUGCUGGAGUGUUUUUGUAAAUGUGGCUGAUAAGCACAACAACUGGAAAGGCUUUCCCCCCCUUUUUGGUAAACCACAGAAUUGCCUUCCUCCACCUUCACAUUUGUACGGUACAAGCAAUAAAAGAUUUUAUUUCUUGGUUA